CCGAUACGCCCGUAUCACAUCUACGACCUGUCUCGCACCUCUGUGGAGAACUCACUGAGAACUGCCAGAGACAAAGGAAAGUUUCUGUCCAAGUUUCGGACAGAAGGACUGCGAGAGGAGCGGUUUCAGAUCACCCUCGGAGGCCAGGCGGCGAAAGAGCCGACUACCCCGCGAGCUCUUCGGUCGCCGCGGGCCCAGGCAGACGCGAGAUGCAAGUCUGCCCUGCUGGGAAUCUGCCUGCUCGCCGCCGAGACGCCCGCGGUCCGCAGCGCCAUCAGUCCAAGUCCCGAGCUCGGCCAGCGUCGCUCCUCCCCAGGGAUGGCGAAGCCCGGCGUGUGGAGAACGACGAGCGACCUCCGCGGCACCGCGCGCCGGACCCCGCGCGACCCCGGCGGCCGGGCUUCUCCUCACUCCCAGCGGCCCCAACUUGGCCGGAGCGCCCAGCCCCUGGGUCGUCGGCCCCGGCGCCCAGUGGGAGGGCCAGUGCCCGCCUCCGCUUCUCCGCGCGCCGGCGCUAUGGAGACGGUCACGAGACGCCGUCGGCUCCCGCGCCUGCCAAUGGGGGCGCACGUCGCGGGGAGACGCGGACGUCGCUCAUCCAAGAUGGCGGCGCGCCCGUCGCGAGCAGCCGGGCCGGGGGGAAGCCAGCGAAGCCGAGUAAAGCCGCCGCCCGGGAGGAGACUGAAGGAGCAGUUGCCGCCGUUGGCGGCGGCCCGGGCAGUUUUCGCUGCUGCUACGGCUGUUGCCAUGCGGCGAGGGUAGGGAGGACCUCACUUCCCCGAGGUGUAAUAAUGUUAACAGAGGCCAGUCUAUCCAUAUGGGGAUGGGGAAGCCUUGGCAUUGUCCUUUUUCUAAUAACCUUUGGACCCUUUGUAAUAUUUUAUUUGGCAUUUUAUAUCCUCUGCUUUGUGGGUGGGGGUUUAGUGGUCACUCUCCUGUUUGGAAAAACAAACUCAGAAAAGCACCUAGAGCAGUGUGAGCACUCAUUUCUUCCUCCCACAUCAACUGGGGUUCCUAAGUGCUUAGAAGAAAUGAAACGGGAAGCCAGGACUAUUAAGAUUGAUAGAAGAUUAACGGGUGCCAGUAUAAUUGAUGAGCCUCUCCAGCAAGUUAUCCAGUUUUCCUUGAGAGAUUAUGUCCAGUACUGGUAUUACACACUAAGUGAUGAUGAAUCUUUUCUUCUUGAAAUUAGGCAAACUCUUCAAAAUGCACUCAUUCAGUUUGCUACGAGGUCAAAAGAAAUAGACUGGCAACCUUAUUUUACUACACGAAUUGUAGAUGAUUUUGGCACACACCUAAGAGUAUUCAGAAAGGCUCAACAAAGAAUAACAGAGAAAGAUGAUCAAGUGAAAGGUACAGCAGAAGAUCUGAUAAAUUCCUUCUUUGAAGUUGAAGUUGAAAUGGAAAAGGAAGUUUGCCGUGACCUAGUGUGCACUUCUCCCAAAGAUGAAGAAGGAUUCCUAAGGGAUUUGUGUGAGGUCUUAUUAUAUUUAUUGCUACCUCCUGGAGAUUUCCAGAACAAGAUCAUGCGAUACUUUGUCAGGGAAAUCCUUGCACAUGGAAUUCUUCUUCCGUUAAUAAAUCAACUCAGUGAUCCUGAUUAUAUUAAUCAAUAUGUCAUAUGGAUGAUCCGUGAUUCUAAUUGCAAUUAUGAGGCCUUUAUGAACAUUAUUAAAUUGAGUGACAAUGUUGGAGAGCUAGAAGCAGUUAGAGAUAAAGCAGCAGAAGAAUUACAGUAUCUUAGAUCUUUAGAUACAGCUGGUGAUGAUAUCAACACUAUCAAAAAUCAAAUAAAUAGUUUACUGUUUGUAAAGAAAGUGUGUGACUCAAGAAUACAGCGGUUACAGUCAGGCAAAGAAAUAAAUACUGUGAAACUGGCAGCAAACUUUGGGAAACUUUGCACAGUCCCGUUGGACAGCAUUCUUAUAGACAAUGUUGCACUACAAUUUUUUAUGGAUUACAUGCAGCAAACUGGAGGUCAAGCACAUCUUUUCUUCUGGAUGACAGUGGAAGGGUACCGGGUUACAGCCCAGCAGCAGUUAGAGGUUUUAUUAAGUCGUCAGAGAGAUGGAAAACAUCAAACCAACCAAACCAAAGGUCUUUUAAGAGCAGCUGCUGUUGGAAUUUAUGAGCAGUAUUUAUCUGAAAAGGCAUCUCCAAGAGUUACUGUUGAUGACUAUUUAGUAGCAAAAUUAGCAGAUACUUUGAAUCAUGAAGAUCCAACCCCUGAAAUAUUUGAUGACAUUCAGAGGAAGGUAUAUGAAUUGAUGCUACGAGAUGAAAGGUUCUAUCCUUCCUUCAGACAGAAUGCACUGUAUGUGCGCAUGUUAGCUGAGCUGGACAUGCUGAAAGACCCCAGUUUCAGAGGAUCAGAUGAUGGGGAUGGAGAAUCUUUUAAUGGAUCUCCUACAGGAAGCAUAAAUUUGUCUUUAGAUGACCUUUCAAGUGUAACUUCUGAUGACUCAGUGCAACUUCAUGCUUACAUUUCAGAUACCGUAUAUGCUGACUGUGACCCAUAUGCUGUGGCAGGCGUUUGUAAUGAUCAUGGCAAGACAUAUGCAUUAUAUGCCAUCACCGUCCACCGGCGCAAUCUGAACACUGAAGAGAUGUGGAAAACCUAUCGUCGUUAUAGUGACUUCCAUGACUUCCACAUGAGAAUUACUGAACAGCAAGCAUAUUGAAGCUUCCUGGUAAAAAGACUUUUAAUAACAUGGAUAGAGAUUUUUUAGAAAAAAGGAAAAAGGAUCUAAAUGCCUAUUUACAAUUACUAUUAACUCCUGAAAUGAUGAAAGCAUGCCCAGCUUUGGCUCACUGUGUAUAUGACUUCCUUGAGAAUAAAGCCUACAGUAAAGGGAAAGGGGACUUUGCUCGCAAGAUGGACACUUUUGUAAAUCCACUUCGAAAUUCUAUGAGGAAUGUUUCAAAUGCAGUUAAAUCCCUUCCUGAUAGCUUGGCAGAAGGAAUGACUAAAAUGUCAGACAACAUGGGCAAAAUGUCAGAAAGAUUAGGUCAAGACAUAAAGCAAUCAUUUUUCAAGGUGCCUCCUUUAAUUACAAAGACUGAUUCAGAUCCUGAACAUUGUCGAGUCUCAGCUCAACUUGAUGAUAAUGUGGAUGACAAUAUUCCACUUAGGGUAAUGUUGCUUCUCAUGGAUGAAGUUUUCGACUUGAAAGAGAGAAAUCAGUGGUUGCGAAGGAAUAUCAAAAACCUACUUCAGCAGCUUAUUAGAGCUACAUACGGCGAUACUAUUAAUAGAAAAAUAGUUGACCAUGUUGAUUGGAUGACCUCACCUGAACAAGUAGCCGACUCAGUGAAACGUUUCAGAGAUGCAUUUUGGCCAAAUGGCAUUUCAGCAGAGACUGUUCCAUGCAGAGACAAAGCUAUACGAAUGAGAACAAGAAUUGCAGGAAAAACAAAAUUAUUUGCAAUAAUGCCAGAUGAACUGAAGCACAUUAUUGGAGCUGAGACAACACGGAAAGGUAUUCUUCGUGUUUUUGAAAUGUUUCAGCACAACCAGUUAAAUAGGAGAAUGGUUUAUGUCUUCUUGGAAGGCUUUUUAGAAACGUUAUUUCCACAGUAUAAAUUCCGUGAACUUUUCAACAAACUACAUUCACGGUCAGAGCAGAUGCAGAAAUAUAAACAGAAACUUCAAACUACUCAAAUACCUUCUUCACAGAAAAGGUGACACUCCCGUCUGUGAAGCUGGUGUCCAUUUUGUCCAGGACUCAUGGCAUGGACAGAUCUUCUGGGGCUUAACUCAUACACUGUUGUGUCUGCACCAGUCUUUUAGCGUCUCAAAAUAGGUUAUUAAUACAUCCAUAGGACUGGUUCUUCUCAUUCUCAUCUAUAAUCCAGCCACUACCAAGAGAGAUUUCUGUGUCUUAAAUGAUUUGGUGCGUAAUUUGCAACAUUGAGAGGAUACCGCCCCCGUCUCAGUGCAAGAAGGAUGAUCUCUUCCGCUUCAAGCUAAUCAGCAUUCUCCAGCAGUGACAAAGUGCCAGAGUGUACAUACGAGAGCUAAGGAAAGCACAAAACAAUGGUUCACAGAUAAAUUCCUUAUUUUGUUUAACAGUUGAAGACUGUGCAAUAUAUAAUUUGGAGAAAUUUGUUGUGCAUAAUGAUUUUGUAAAUUGGUGUCAGCAUUUUGCUAAUAGUCUGGAUUAGCCAGGUCUGGGAAAGUGACAAAAUGCCCUUAAAGUAUGACAUAAUUUAUUCCUGAAUUAUAGUUUUGUGAUAUAAAAUAAAACUUGAGUAUAAAAUAAAAUCAAAAAACAUAAUUUGGUUAGAUUUAAUAUUCAUUGGUAUAAAACAAACUUUAAUUGAUUCUUAUGUGCUUUAAGGGCUCUGUUUUGCUCUUGCUAAGUUUUCUUUUGGCAUUCUGUGUGCAGAAAGAAGCAUGUGGUAGCUUUCAUUUUAAGUUUCAAAAUUAUUAGUGUUAGCUUUAACAGAUUACUGAUUAUACAGAAGGGGAAUAAUUUGUUGGAAGAACUGCCAAAUACAUUCUGUCUUUCUGAAAAUAUGGACAUUAAAAGAAAAUAGUACUCUAUUGAAAGUUGCCAUAUGAUAAAUUUAAAUUGUGUGAUCUAGACAUCCCUUAGGUAACUAUAAAAAUAGCAAAUGAGAGGAUUAUCGCGCUUAUCAGUCAUACACAAACAUACAAGUUCCUAAUUAUAAUGUGUACAUAUAUGAAAAUAAAUAAAACAACUUUACUAUUUUUUAAACUAUGCUUUUAUUUAUAUUUCACAUAAUGUAAAAUUUUAAAUAAAGCUAGCAGGCAACCCCCCCCCACACACACACUGUAUACAUUCAGAUCCUGAAAAUAAUUUUAUACCAACAGAACAAAAUACUUUUCCAGUUUUGAAGCCUCUGCAUUUCCUAAUUUUCUCACUGUCCAUUUUGUUCAUCUUGGAAGUCUUCAUAUCCCUUGUAUGCAGGAUUUCUGCAUAGUUUUAAAUACUUCCAUUCACUGAGGGUUUGGAUGUAUCAGCUUUCUUUAGUUUUAAAAAUAUUUAACACUAAAACCUUAAAAUAGUGAAGCUACUUAUCAGACCACUGAGCCAAGAUCCUGGUAUUAAAAGAAUGUCUGGGUGCUUAAGAUAAAGGGACAGAGUAUUGGUAUCCCAGUUAUUUGGGAACUUUAAGGUUGGAACAAGAUGAUAUUGUCUUGUUUUCACUUAGAUCUUACUUACAAAGUAAAGCCUAUUAACAGAAUAAAGCCUUCCUUUAAAGCUAUAUAAUAAUCAUAUUUAUUAAUAAUGCUGUUGUGCAUACUUGUAGUAUGCGUACAUUCAGCAUGUUGCAUGUCUUUAGAAUUACAUAAAUGAAAUCUCUUUCACUGCAAACUGGCAAGCAAGAAAAGAUCCUUAGUAGCCCUGGUGGAAGAAGCAUUUCUUCUCAGUGUUUCUCCUUGCCUCAGCUCCGAGACUUUAAAAGUGAGAUAUGUGAAACAUGUCCAUGGGAAGCAUCAGCAUGGCCUAAGUGCAAUGACUUUCAUAUAUACCCCUGUCCAUUUCAGGUAUAUUUUUUGACAAGAAUAAAGCUAAGUGUAUAAAGAAGAAUUCUUGUAAGAGCCUACUAUGUAUGUGUGUAAAAACAUUUCUAUAUAAUGUGAAGAAUACUGGCUGUCAACCAGGGAUAGAAAAGUCAUGUAAGAUUGCAAAUUUUCCUAACAGCUCUGCAAGAUAACUGCAGUCAUAACCAAAACAAACAAAACAAUUUGAGUAAAUGGGUUUUUUAAGUAAUUUUGGUUUAAAAGAAUUUAUAUUUCAAAAGCAGAAAUGUGAAGUGGUAGCCUGUGUAAACAGUGGUGUGUCUUUAUGCACAUCUGUAUUUUACAUCAGAGAGAACUGUGGUCAUGCUAAAAUUAGAGAUAUUUUUUGAAUGACUUGGUCAAGCUGUGUGUAAAAUAUUUAACCCAUAUGUCAAGUACAGUGUACUAUGUUUAAUAAAAUUAUUACAUUUAAUGCAUUUAUUGCAUAUAUAGGUAUAUACAUGAAGAGGCUCUAUGUCUUCUGAUAUUUGAUUUUUGAAUGUGUUUUUAAGUCGGUGGUGCCUUGAGGCAAAAACCUUCAAAAUUAAUCAUUCUUUGAGUUUUCUGAUUUUUCCGUUAACAUGUAAACUACUUAGAAAUCAUCAUAGUUUAUUCACCUAAAAUACUGAUUGUAUGAUUUAAAUACAGCACUUAGACGAGCAUUUCCUAUAAUUGGGGUGUUCCAAAUAGUUGCUGAAAACAAUUGUGCCAUUGACCAAUGGAUGCACUUGGUUAGCCUUAAUUUUUUUCAAAAAAACAAAACAAAACAAAACAUUAAGAACUUUAUUUACUGUUUCAGUUUGUUCAUUUUAAGUUUCUGCUGCUGGUGUUUGGAAAAAAAUCAAGUACUACCAGAAAGUGUACCAAUUUUUUUUUUAAUUAAGAACAAUAUAAAUUUCACAAUCUAAAAUUUUAAUUUUGUGCAAUAUUUUCAUUUAAUGCAUGUGUAUUUGAGAAAUUGUAAAAUAAAUGAAUUUUUAAUGUUUUGAGGUGUAGUUUAAACUGUCUUCUUAACCCAAAAACUUACAUUCCGUUGUUGCUGCAUCCUCUUAUUUAAAGACUUGUUUUAAAAGUCUUUUUGUCACUUCUUGUAAAAUUCUUUUAUUAGUAGUAAAUUUUGCUUAUAGGAGCAUGGCUCCUGUAUUACAAGGGAAAAAUAUAAAGAGCACAUUUUAGGAUUAAAAUUGUUAAAAGAUAACUUGUGCAUAUCAUUGUACAGUAAGUGUCAACUGUGUGCCUAAUUGUUCUACCAAUACUUCCUUCUUUAACGAAGAAGAAACAAUCAGAAUGUCAGUUAUUUUUAUUAACUAAAAAGAAGAUUAAAAUUUUUAUUUGGUUUGCAUUAUGUUCUGUCCAUUAGAGGAUACUAAUAAAGUAUUAACAAACAUU